AUGGUCGCUCCCGAGUCCGGAUUGACCGAAAGGUCAGGCCUCGCCAUCGCUUGCGAUGAUCUCGACCAUCAUGCUGCCCCCAGCCAUGGCGACGACCACCAGGCGCCCGUAGACGCCGCGGCCGUACUUAAUUCCCCCUUGCCGUCGCUCCAGAUUCGCACCGAUUUGCCCAGCAUUCGUCCCUCGAGCUCGCAUCGCGAUUCCGAUCCCCUAGCCUCGCUCAGCGUAUCCUCCGGCAGCCUCCCUCAGCGCACUCCAAGCUUGCGCGCGUUGAUUGCCCCGCCCAUCUCGAGUACGGGUUCCUUAUCCCCGGCCUCGAUUAUGUCCUCGCCCCAGCUGAAUGCGAUGGGCGAUAUCACUCCGUUGCCAUCGCCGAUUGGCGGUGCAUCUCCCUGGAGGCGGGGUGAUUUGCCAUCGCUUCCAUCCUUAUCGCGCACCUCGUCCACGGCAUCUAGAAGCGGCUCCAGUUUGCGACUGAGCGACUCAUCCCAGAUGCUGGGGUUGCCGCCAUCGCGCUCGCGUGGAAAGACAUACACCGGUCUGAAUGAUCUCGGGGAGGAGUCACCAGUGGCGAAUCGAGUCCGGCGUGACUCGCCUCACAAGCACGCUCGUAAUCGCAGUUUGAGCGAUUAUGCACCACCCGGCCGCGCGUCGCUGCCGCGCCCUAUUGCUGUCUCGCAUGCCGUCCCGAGCAUUGCGCCUUCCUCGAGCACCGAUUCGAAGUCGACGGGCCUGCACCGUGAGCAGUAUCUGGCCGUCCACCGCGGCAUCGCCUUGCCGACGGUUCGCCCACCCAGCCCUCCUCGCAGUAGUGGCAGUGGUUACGGAGACAGUGACUCGGAACCCGUCAUUCAACACCCCGCACCCCUGUCGAAAUCUGAGGAGAUUUAUACCGUGCGCUCUAUCAAGACGCAGCAGUCUAGAAUGUACAGAAAAAUCCGCAUUCUGGGCCAGGGCACCUUCAGUCAAGUCAGCCUUGCGGUUCGCGUAGAAGCAGUCCCACAGACUCCCCUCUCGCCUUCGACCGAUGGACCUAGUAACGUGAUUCUUCCUUCGACGGCAACUCAGAAGCUGGUCGCAGUUAAGAUCAUUGAACAUGGUCCCGCGGGAGGCGCCGAUGAAGAGCGACUGGAGGUCUCCCUGAAGCGAGAAGUAGACAUCCUCAAGGCCGUCAAUCAUCCGUCCCUGGUUCAACUGAAGGCAUUCGGCAGCGACGAGAAGCGCGCUCUGCUUGUGUUGGAUUAUUGUCCAGGAGGAGACCUCUUCGAGUUCGCGACUUCAGGGGCUCCUCCUAUGUCUCCUGGCCUCAUCCGCCGCAUUUUUGCCGAAUUGGUCAAUGCGGUGCGCUACCUGCAUUCCCACUACAUCGUGCAUCGGGACAUCAAGCUAGAGAAUGUCUUGCUCACCAUGCCCCCGCAUGCCAUGGAUGAAGUGACAGAUUGGCGCAUCUAUGACCGCGCCGUAGUCACCCUCAGCGAUCUGGGACUCUCUCGUCGCAUCCCCGAGCCACCCGAGAGCCCACUUCUCCAGACUCGCUGCGGAAGUGAAGACUACGCCGCCCCGGAAAUUCUCAUGGGACAGCCAUACGAUGGCCGUGUUACGGAUGCCUGGGCGCUUGGUGUGCUGCUGUAUGCCAUCAUGGAGAACCGGCUCCCAUUUGAUGUCCUGCCCGGGACUCGUGGUGACCCAGCCAAGCUACGCGCUCGCACACCACACCGUAUUGCUCGUUGUGAAUGGAGUUGGUAUCGCUAUGCGGACGAAGACGAAGAGUGGGAUGCUGAAAAGGGCCGCGACCUGGAAGGUGGCCGUGACUGCGUCGAGGGUCUUUUGAAACGCAACACUAAGCGCAAAUCCCUCGAUGACAUCGCCGCCAUGCCUUGGGUUCGUGAUGCGAUUGAAGUUCCCGAUGGGAUCAAGCGAGGUGACAAAGAAGUGCCAUAG